AUUUCCUAUUUUACUUUCUAUUUCAAAGAUACUCUAACAGUGAAAGAAAAGAAAAGACGAACGCGUUCCAAGCCGUCCGUUCCGUCUCCCUAGCCAGUAGCCACCACCAGCCCACCACGCAUGGCUGCCCGGUGUCCCGGCCACUUCGCCUGCCUCCCUCCCUCCCUCACUCUCUUCCGUCUUCCCAAUGAAAACCUGCGAGGAAAAUGUGAAGACGGGACCCCACGCGACCAACAGCAGACCCACAGGGAUGCUGAUCGGAGGCGGUGUCUUCUACUUGUAGGCGCAACCGCAGGCCGCAGCCCCACCGCUCCCCCGUCCAUCUUCUCCAACUAGUGGCAGCGCGGUCGCAACCGCUCACCCACCGCUCCCUCCCCCAAAUUUCUCCGCAAUCUUAGCACUACCCGUUAGGGAGCAACGCCGACACAGCAAAGGCACAAGAGGAGGCCAGGCAACAGCUGCAGAAACGCAGGCGCCGCAAUGCAGGGCUCCAAUACCAAAUCUAGCUCCGCCGAGGCGAAGAGCAACAGCAAACCGGACAAGGAGAAGAAGGGGGGCGGAGGCGGCACGCCGCCAACCCCCAAGGACAGCAAGCCGCGCAAGCCGGCCGUGCCCAAGGCAAGCGCCGCCGGCCAUGGCACGCCGCGGGCGGCUGACAAGUCCCCCGGCUCGGGGUCGGCCGACCGCAAGGCGCCCACGCCCAAGGCCGCCGCCUCUCGCCUCGCCACGCCUCCCGAGAAGGGGAAGCCCGCAAAGCGGCCGCAGGAGCAGCAGGCGCAGCUUGCCGAGAUCCGUGAAGAGCUCGUGAAGGCCAAAGAGCAGUUGCUGGAGAACGAGAAGGAGAAGUGCAGAGUUCUUGCUGAGCUGGAGCGUGCCAAGAAGGUGGCUGAUGAGGCCAAUGCCAAGCUGCAAGAUGCUCUUGAUGUGCAAAGGAGGGCUAUUGAGGCGCAGGAGGCAGACAAACUCCCUGCCGGAGAGUCGAAGCAGGCAAGCAUCCACGACCAGCAGGAGGAUGAUGACGCUGUGCUGCGGUCGACAGUGGAGCAGCUUGAGAAGGCUAGGUACGAGCUGGCCGAUGCAGUCGAUGCCAAGAAUGAAGCCCUCAGCCAGGUAGAUGAUGCCGUUAGGGCUUCUGAGGUGAAGGCCCAGGAAGUUGAGCAUCUCAUUGCAGAGGUUACACGCCUCAAAGGGCUGGUUGAUUCCAAGGUGGAUGGCAACAGGAAGAAGACUGCAGAGAGGAUUCAGAAUCUUGAAGAAGAGAACUUUGCAUUAAAGCUUGAGCUUCAGAAAAAAAAGGCUGCUGAAGAAAAGGCGGUUCGAUUGGAGCGCAUGAUUGAUGAACUUGAGAGUGAUGUUGAUGAUGCUAGGAAUUUUGGUUCCAAGUCAAAGCAGUUAGCUGAUGAAUGGCAGAAGAAGGCACAGCUUCUCGAGGUCAGAUUGGAAGAGGCUGAUCAGUCUAAUAUUUUGAAGGGUGAAUCUUUGAAUUCAGCAAUGGAAGAAUUGGAUUCAACAAGUAGUUUGCUUCGUGACAGAGAAUCUGAAGUUGCUGCUCUUCGUGACAAAGUAAGGUUCUUUGAGGAUGAGCAGACAAAGCUCAAGAAUGAUAUUGUUGUGUCCGGCCAACGGGCAGAUGCAGCAGAGAAAGAGGCGGCGGAUCUAUGGACAGAGGUUGAAGGGCUUAGGCUGAAGCUCCAUACAGUGGAAGAAGAGAAAAUGGAGGCCCUGAACAGUGAUAAGAGUACUACCUUAGAAACUGAGACCUUGAAUGAACAGAAGAACCAGCUGACUGACAAGCUUGAGGCAAACAAAGAUGAGCUUGAGAAAACUAAGAAGGCAAUGGAGGGUCUGGCCUCAGCCUUACAGGAAAUGUCAGCUGAAUCCAGAGAGGCGCAAGAGAAGUACCUUCUCAAACAAGAUGAGAUUGAGCGUGCUCAGGCACAGGUAGAGGAGCUUAGCUUGAGUCUGAAGAAUACUAAGGAGAACUAUGAGCUAUUGCUUGAUGAGGCAAACUAUGAGAAGGUUUGCCUUACGAAAACAGUUGAAAGACUGAAAGCAGAAGCAAAGAGUGCACAUGAGGAAUGGCAUUCCAAAGAGCUAAGUUUUGUCAAUUCUAUUAAGAAUUCAGAGGAAGAGAUAGUUGCUAUCAGAGUUCAGAUGAUCAGGACCUUGGAGGUUGUUAAAGAGAAAGAACGUGAAAACACUGAGUUGCAGGAGAAGCUGCAGCAGCUUGAGUCUCAGCUAAUGGAAGCAAACAGAAUCAGGGAGGAAGCCAGCGCUGAAACUAUCCGAUGGAAGGAGAACAUAUUAGACCAAGAGAAUGAAUUACAGAACAUAAAACAGGAGAACGACGACCUGCAGGCAAAGGAAUUAGCAGCUUCUGAGAAGGUUAAGGAACUCUCUUUCCAGCUUGCUAAUGUAAAAGAUAGCCUGAUAAAUGGUAACACCAAGGAAGGAGAUAAUGAGAAGGGGGGUACUGAAGAGGAUGAUGAACCUGUUGUGGUAGUUGCCAAAAUGUGGGAGAACGGCAAGUUUGCUGACUGUGAUUCAUCUAAGGAGAAGGAUAAUGAUGGUGACUCGCAGGUUGAUUUGGAAUCAAACAAGGGGGAUGCAGGUCUUGACAGCAAUGGGUUGCACUCAACUAAUGAGAGCAGUGGCAGAGCAUCAACUAAACAGCCGCAACAGCAUAAGAAGCCUUUGCUGAAGAGAUUCGGUGGUUUGCUGAAGAAGAAAAGCGAAAAGUAGCAUAAAACCAUCUGAUGAUAUUCUUUGUUCUAUCUUUUGACAUAUUUCUACAUAUUUCUUUGAUUAGCUAUCUAGUUCCUGAGUCUUCCCCCGAUAUUAUGGUAAACUGAGUGAUGGAUGCUUCAAAGAAUACAAAAUGUCGCCUGUAUUUACAUCACUGCCAUGUCUUACUUUUUUGUAUGUUUGGCGAUCAUUUGUUUGCCA